AGAAGGGCCAGAAGGUCUUAUGCAAUGCGGCUUAAGGUACCUAAGGUAGGAAUGGUGGGAUGGCGCAGCGCGGCCGUUGUGUCUGUGCGACGGAUCUCUUGACUCUCUCUCCCCCACAGAGCGGCGGGGGUUCCUGUGCUUUAACCCACACACCAAACUCACCAACCAACGCAACGGGGCAACCACUUUGGGGGACAGCAGCCAACUUUGAUUUUUGGGGGGAAAGAGCGCAGCCAACAUCAACACUGAAUAACAAUUAUAACCCUCCCUCCCCUUCUUCCAGAAUUGUCACCUUUCUGAUUGGUAGGGAGACUGAGAAACAAGUCCCUGUCCCCCGCUCACUCUCUCUAGCUUCACCUGCAGAAUCUCGCGAGCCUGCACAAAGAGGGAAUUGGGAGGAAAGAGAGAUGGUGUGUGUGUGUUUUUGUUCUUGCGCCCCGAAACCCUUGACGACGCAAGUUUUGGGCGUCUCUCGUCUCAGGGCUGGGCCACGCGUCUCAAAAUGGAGAGGCAUGGUGCUCGCGACACAAUAUGCACAGACACACUUUCUCUCUAUCAUGUUUCCACUUAACUACACAAUAACACAUUGUAUGAGCAGCAGCAGCAGCAGGGGUUUACACGCAAAGCAUGUUACACCCAGAGAUGGUUUAUCAGGAAAAACAUCGAACAAAUCACUUUGGCCAAAGCGGGCGAACGAGCAGCAGCAGCAGUAGCAGCAGGGGUAGAUAGCAAAAAGGCGGCAUUGCAUUGCAUAGCUUAGCGUAGCGUUGUGAAGCAACGCCCCCCACGAUGCAC